GCCGUGAUCCUCUACGGCACCAAUACACGGACGACGAGUAUGCCUCUAGUGAAAGCGAUUCCUACGGCGAGCCUACUAUGGGCACAGAAGGACUUCCACUACCCCAUGCACUUGAUAAGGAUGUCAAGGGAGCCAUUCUUGAAGGGGACCUAG